AUGGCCAAGUAUUUCCAGAGUGCUCCUGUUAGCAAUGAAGCACUGAAGCACAAGGAGAUUCUCUUGGACGGCCUGUACAUGCACCAGGACCUUGACGGAUCACCAAAUCAGAACCAGAAAACUAUAGUGAAUCCUAACCUCCCUCUGCAGUUUGGCUGCACCGUGGCUAAUGACUGGACCAUAUAUGAUGGCCUUGGCGCCGAUAAGAAGCUUGUUGCGCGUGCACAAGGGCCACAUAUGGGGGCAGGAGUAGCCAAAGGAAGCUGGUUCAUAUGUUUCAACAUGGUGUUUGUCGACGACAGGUUUGCGGGUUCCAGCCUUAAGGUGCUCGGACAUUUUGAAGAGCCGGUAGAAGGUGAGUGGGCAAUCCUUGGUGGGACAGGAGAGUUUGCCUAUGCACAAGGUGUGGUGACCUUCAAGAAAGUCCAGGACGGAAGCACUAGGGUCAGACAGCUUCAGAUACGUGCCAUCUGCCUCAGCUUUCGAUCGUCACUUUCAAUGCCUACAAAGAUGGGGCCAUGGGGUGGAAAUGGAGGCUCCAUUCAAGACAUCACCACCGGAACCCCGAUGCGCCUGCAAAGUGUGACACUCAGAAGCGAGAGCAGCUGGAUUGUCUCUCUUGCAUUUACUUAUAUUGACAAACUUGGGAAGAGGCGCAGCAAAGGUCCUUGGGGUCCUGACAAAGGGAACAGUCAAACUAUCGAGUUCGGACCUAAAGAAUAUGUGACGGAAAUAUCAGGGACAAUUGACAAUGUCAUAUCGUCACUUGUUAUCACGACAAACAUGAAAAAGUAUGGGCCGUUUGGGCAUGAGAAGGGCAAUCGUUUCAGCGCCGCCGUGCCAGAAAACACAUGUGUUGUGGGAUUCUUUGCCAGGACCGGGAAUGCUCUUGAUGCCGUUGGUGUUUACCAUGGCCCCAUCAUGAUUGAGCUAGGCCCUAAAGAGUUUGUGAAGCAAAUAUCUGGGACAAUUGACAACCUUGUGACUGAAACUGUUAUAACUUCUCUUGUUCUCGUCACCGACAUAAAAAAGCAUGGGCCUUACGGAAGUGUGCAGGGCACAAGCUUUGACGACACGGUGCCGGAAAAUACUUUUGUUGUGGUCUUCUUAGGCAGAUCUGGUGGUGCACAUGAUGCAAUUGGCAUUUACCAUGGUCCUGUCGUAGUUUAG